UGAAUUGGAGACCAGAACAAAAGGUGUCGAAGUUGGAAGGGUGUCCAUCUAGGACGUCCUUUAUAUUGAGAGGAGCCAUCCGGAUCAGUUUGCAUCAGUGUCAUUGGGUUUUUUUGAUUAUUCAGCGGCGACCAAAAGUAAUAAAUUACGUGAAGGUUCUUUAGUUUGCUAGAGAACAAGAUGGACACUAUAGAAAGUCCUACAACACAACAACGAAAGGCGAAGCUGAUGUUCGGCCUGAAAGGGAAGAAGAAGAAGAAAGUCCACUCAGACAUGGUCCUGGCAAACAAGGCUGCUUUAGACGGUGAAGGGGAGGUCAGUUCCGAAACAUCUCAGUUGCCGGAGGACAAAAACGAGGAUGAUCAACAUGGAUUCUCGGCCAUCAGAGCCAGAAUCAUGCCCAACACCAAAAGGGCCAAACUCAAGACUCGCAUUCAGGAUAAUGAAGAGAAACCGCAGAGCUUCCAGAUUGCAAUUAACAUCACAGAAGCCAAGCAGCUGGUUGGUGAAAAUAUCGACCCCAGUGUCAUAAUUGAGAUUGGCGACGAAAAGAAACAAACAACAGUCAAAGAGGGAACCAACGCUCCCUUUUACAAUGAGUAUUUUGUGUUUGACUUCUUUGCCUACAAAGAGAUCUUCUUCGACAAAGUCAUCAGGCUGACGGUGAUGCACUCCAAGAUGUUGAGGAGCUUCUGCAUCGGCUCCUUCAAGCUGGACGUGUGGACAGUCUACAAACAACCAGGUCACCAAUUCAUCAACAAGUGGGCAAUGCUGACGGUCCCUGGUGACAUCAGCACAGGGUGCAAAGGUUACGUCAAGUGUGACAUUAGUGUCUCGGCAAAGGGUGAUGCCAUGCAGCCCGGGAUGAAAGCCAGUGAUGCAGAGGAACAAAUAGAAAAGAACCUCUUGAUACCAGAAGGAUUCCCGUCAGAACGUCCCUGGGCUCGUUUUUCUGUGAAGGUGUAUCGAGCGGAAGGUCUUCCUCGCAACAACUCCAGCAUCAUGGCCAAUGUCACGAAGGCUUUCAUUGGAGACAACACAGCACUCAUAGACCCGUUCGUGGUUGUUAGCUUCUUCAAACAAAUGGGGCGCACGUCCACGCAGAAGUCCAACGCAGAUCCAGUGUGGAAUGAACAAAUCGUCUUCACAGAGAUGUUUCCUCCUCUGUGCCAGAGGAUGAAGAUCCAGGUUUGGGAUGAAGGAAGUGUGAGUAACGUUGCCAUAGGAACCCAUUACUUUGACCUGAGGCGCAUCUCUAAUGAGCAAGAUGGCGACAGAGGAUUUUUGCCAACUUUUGGUCCCGCGUGGAUUAACUUGUAUGGCUCCGUCAGAAACUCUCUGGGUGACGACACAGCCGAACUUAACGAGGGCAUUGGAGAGGGAGUGUCUUAUCGGGGGCGUGUCUUUUUAGAGUUGGCGGUGGAGAUCCUAUCAGGCGGGACAGGCCCAGAGUCCAAACUUGCCCGAAUGGUGAAGCCCAUAAGAGAUGCAAAGGCAGUAAAAGCCGGAGGGAAGGACGGUAAGACCCCAGCGGGUGGAGGAGUAGCCGGGGGGACAUCUGGAGGUACAGCUGAUGACGACAAAGGGAAAGCGGUUGCGGAGGUUCUACCUGUGGAAUGUCCGCCAACAAUUAAUACUGAGAACAGAGAGAAUUUCCUGCUCUUUGGGGCCUUGUUUGAAGCCACCAUGAUUGACAGAAAGAUUGGAGACAAGCCUGUAACAUUUGAGUUCUCACUGGGGAAUUGCGGUAACGUGCAGGAGCCUAUGGGCCAGCCCGGCCUGAGCACCCCAAGUCCCGCGCUCAGCCGCAGGAGGCAGGCACAAGAUUUCUCAGACAGGACCCUCGCUUCCUCCCCACUGUUACCCAGAGAAUCUCAAGACCCCAGCAGGACCUCGAAGUCCACCACACGUCCCCAGAAACCGCUCCUCGUCGAAGGAAACAGGUACUACAUGUAUUUGCCUCUGGAGAAACAGAAGCCGUGCAUCAAUGUGUUGAGUCAAUGGGAGGACAGAACCUAUCGGCUGUACAAUUCCAACAUGCUGGAGAACAUAGCAGCCCUGUUUGAGGAAGGCGUGACCAAGGCAGCUGAACUCCACAGGAAGUCGUAUCCCGGGGCCGAGCAGACACUAAAAACAACAGUCAAAGAGUUUUGCAUCGAUGCCAGGCGUUUCAUUGUGGCGGCGGAGGCCAAGUUGAAGGCUCAGUUAAAGGUCAACUGCCUGACGCAACUGGACAGGAAACGCCUCUCAAUGUGCAAACAAGAACUGGAAAGUAUGAUCGGAGAUGCUCAGUCGCUGGUCGAGAGGAAGAGGAAGUCAGGUGGAGUGAAAGAAGAGCUCCAGGAUGCUACCAAACUCACGCAGAAACUACGCUUUCUGGUGGAGGAGCCUCAACACACGGUGCCAGAUAUCUUCGUGUGGUUGUUGAGCAACAACAAGCGCGUCGCAUACUCUCGGCUCCCGGCCAGAGAUGUUGUCUUCUGCAGUCGUCAGGAGGCUCGAGGAGUCCACUGUGGAAAGAUAGUAACGCUCUUCCUCAAGCCUCCGGGCAACCGUGCGACAGGCUUUUCUGUGCAAGCCAAAGUGGAUGUAUAUUUGUGGUUCGGAUCCUGCGCGGACUCCGCACACAUGCUGGAUGACCUGCCUGAAGGAUUCAGCGCUGUCGCUGGGGGCACUGACGCCAAAAGCCCCCCCACUCACUUGACAUGUACAGAGCAGCAUCAGUUCCAGUUACGGUGUCACAUGUAUCAAGCUCGCGGGUUGAUUGCAGCCGACAACUCUGGCCUUUCUGACCCUUUUGCCCGGGUCACAUACUUGUCACACAGCCAGACCACAAACGUGAUCAGUCAGACUCUCAGCCCCACAUGGAAUCAGUCCUUGCAAAUGAGUCAUAUCGUACUGAGCGGAGAUCUUCAACACAUCCAAGAGGAGCCACCAAGACUCGUCAUUGAAGUUUAUGAUGACGAUGCACUGGGCAAGGCAGAGUAUUUGGGAGCCACAGUGGCUUUACCUGAAGUCCGCCUGCUCUCCGAGUCCUACACACCACCUACACUGCAGUACAGCCCGCUGCACUAUGCCAGCCAAUCGGGUGGGGAGCUGCUGGCGGCCUUCGAGCUGGUGCAGGUUCCCAUGUCUGGAGAGCUGAGUCUUCCUCCAUUGGAGGAACAAGAAGGAGGCAUCUACACAGUGCCUGAAAACAUCAGACCUGUUCUCAGUACAUACAGGCUAGAGGUGUUAUUUUGGGGUCUACGAGAGCUAAAGAAGGUUCAGUUACUGUCUGUUGAUCGCCCUCAGGUGUUCAUAGAAUGCGCUGGAAAAACGUUGCGUUCUUCUGUCAUUCAACGGUAUAAGUCCAACCCCAACUUCACCACCCUGGUUGACACCAUUGAGCUGGAGUUACCGGAGAAUGAGCAUCUCCACCCGCCGCUCAGCAUCACCGUUGUCGACUGGAGGGCUUUUGGUCGCAGCACGCUGGUUGGAAACCACGUCGUCAACAACCUGAUGACCCUUAAAUACAUCGCUCCCCCAGCCCAGCCUCCCUCCACACAGACGCACACGCCACCUGCAGUCACGGACACCCCAGGACCUCAAAAAACUGAUGAAUCUUGGCAGCCUGCUACAGAGACAAGCUCCACUGUGGCAUCAGCAACCACCUCCGACGUUGCUAUCGCAGUUGAGGAACCGACCUCUGAAAAGACAGCACCCAAAAGAAAAAAGGAUAGCCACAGAAAGAGCAUCCAUCGUUCCUCCAAGCGAAGAAGGCGGACCAUUGCAGACGAGUCAGCAGAGUGCGUCAUUGACUGGUGGUCCAAGUAUUAUGCGUCUGUAGAGAAACAGACCAAACAAACAGAAGGAUCUCCCUUCCCACAAGUCUUUGAAAAAGCUUUGCCGUACCACAGCUUGCUCAGCGAUGGAAUUGACUCUUUAGUGAGCAGCUCAUCAGAUGGCAACAAGAAAAAGAAACAGAAGGGAAAGGGAACGUCAGAGCAGAACCUGAACCGGAGUUUGAGUCUACCAACCAAACUCGCCACACUGCAGCUGUACAACAAAGAGCUGGAGGCAGAGUUCGGACCCUUCGACGACUGGGUCAGCACAUACGAGCUGUUCCGCGGGAAGGCCAGCGAGGAAGACGGCUCUACAGAGGAGAGGUUCGUCGGCAAGUUCAAGGGGCGCUUCUGCUUGUAUAAGCUCACAGAGGAUGAGGAAGGAUAUUGGGAGGAAGACGAUGGACAUCUCAGAGUCAACAGAGGGAUUCCGCAAAACACCCCUGUUCAAGUCCUGAUCCGGGUUUACAUCGUCUCUGCAUCAAACCUGCACCCAGCCGACCCGGACGGAAAAGCAGACCCUUACGUCGUCAUUCAACUCGGCAAAAAUGAAAUCAAAGACCGUGAGAACUACAUCCCUAAGCAGCUGAACCCCGUCUUUGGAAGGUCGUUUGAGAUGCAAGUGACAUUUCCUCAGGAGUCUCUGCUCACGGUGCUCAUCUACGACUACGAUAUGGUGGGAGGGGACGACCUGAUCGGGGAGACUUGGAUUGACUUGGAGAACCGCUUCUACAGCCGACACAGAGCCACCUGCGGACUUCCAACCGAGUACAGUCUUGAAGGUUAUAACGCCUGGAGAGAUUGUCUGAAGCCAUCCGAGCUGCUGUCAAGGCUGUGCAGAGAAAACAAUGUGGACGGUCCUCACUUCAGACCAGGAUGCAUCACCGUGGCGGACAAAGUCUUCACCGGCAAGACGCUUUUCAUGCAUGAAGAUGAGGAACCGGUAGAGUCCUACGAGCACUUGUCUCUGAAGAUUCUGCAUCGAUGGGCUGAGAUACCGGCUGUUGGAUGCAAGCUGGUACCAGAACAUAUCGAGACCAGGACACUGUUUCACAAGUCUCGGCCUGGGAUGGAUCAGGGUCAGGUCCAAAUGUGGGUCGACAUGUUCCCUUUGGACCUUCCUCAUCCCGGUCUUGCAGUGGAUAUUUCCCCUCGCAAGCCCAAAGGGUAUGAGUUACGCGUCAUCAUCUGGAACACUGAGGACGUCAUUCUCGAGGACAGCAACUUCCUGACUGGUCAAAAGUCCAGUGAUAUUUAUAUCAAAGGCUGGCUGAAAGGUUUGGAGGACGACCGGCAGGAGACCGAUGUCCACUACAAUUCUAUAACAGGGGAAGGAAACUUCAACUGGCGUUUAGUUUUCCCCUUCAGCUACUUGCCUGCUGAGAAGGUAGUGGUGGUAAAGAAGCGAGACAACAUUUUCUCCCUGGACAAAACAGAACAGAAGCUGCCCGCCAUCCUGAGUCUUCAGGUGUGGGACUUUGAGACGCUCUCCUCCGACGACUUCCUCGGCACGGUGGAGUUAGACCUCCACAGCUUCCCGCGUGGAGCAAAGACAGCCAAAUCGUGCAAAGUGGACGUCUUCACGGACGGGACAGAGAAGAUCUCCAUCUUCCAGCAGAAGAGGUCCAGAGGAUGGUGGCCUUUCAGCAAGUCUGGGGAGUUGACGGGGAAGGUGGAGGCAGAGUUUCACCUUGUGACAGCUGAAGAGGCUGAGAAGAACCCAGUGGGGCGAGCCCGGAAGGAACCAGAACCGCUGCCCAAACCCAACCGUCCCGACACCUCAUUCUCGUGGUUCGUUAACCCCUUCAAGUGUUUCUUCCACCUGGUUUGGCGGAACUACAAGAAGUACAUCAUCAUCGCUCUGGUGCUACUGAUCACAGCGCUCUUCCUGGCCCUGUUACUCUACACACUGCCGGGUGCCAUAUCUCAAAAAAUAGUCAAUGGAUAACACCUGCAUGCACAUGAAAAAAAUUUGGAAAUUAUUCGUCACGGUCAGUUUUUUUGGGCAGUUAAAUGUAUUAUUGUUGGAAAAAUAAAGAUUUACUUAUAGCAGUAAACCGAGUUUUUGUCAUUUCUUUCAAUAUAAAAGAGCGUCAAAAUGAAUCGAUUAACAAUUUCUUGGAGAAAAGUAA